AUGCAGCUUUCACGGAGAGCUCGUGCUCCUGGUGCCAAGCCUCGCGGUUUCGCUGCCACCGGUGCGGAGAUUGUGCGCAAGGAGACCGCCAUGGGUCUAUACAAGGGUUUGGGUGCUGUCUUGGGUGGUAUCAUUCCUAAGAUGGCGAUCCGUUUCACCUCAUAUGAGUCGUAUAAGGGCAUGCUUGCCGACCAGGAGACCGGAAAUGUCACAAGCAAGGCUACUUUCCUCGCUGGUCUUGCCGCUGGUGUGACUGAAGCUGUUGCCGUCGUCAACCCUAUGGAGGUGAUCAAGAUUCGUCUCCAGGCCCAACAUCACAGUCUUGCCGAUCCACUCGACGCCCCCAAGUACCGAAGUGCCCCCCACGCACUCUUCACCGUGAUCAAGGAAGAGGGUUUCAGCACCCUCUACCGGGGUGUUUCUCUCACAGCUCUGCGCCAGGGAACCAACCAGGCUGCUAACUUCACCGCAUACACCGAGUUGAAGGCCCAACUCCAGCGCCUGCAACCCGAAUAUGCCAACGCUCAGCUUCCUUCAUACCAGACCACUCUUAUCGGUCUCAUUUCCGGUGCCGUCGGUCCUUUCUCCAACGCUCCCAUCGAUACCAUCAAGACCCGUCUCCAAAAGACCCGCGCCGAGCCCGGACAGUCCGCUGUUACCCGUAUCAUGCUCAUUGCCAAGGAUAUGUUCAAGCAAGAGGGUGCUCGUGCUUUCUACAAGGGUAUCACCCCUCGUGUGAUGCGUGUUGCUCCUGGACAGGCUGUCACUUUCACCGUAUACGAAUACCUCAAGGGCAAGUUGGAGGCGUCCAACUGGGCCUUUGUGGGUGGUAAGUAUGAUGAGUAA